GUCUCGUGAAAUACGACUCGGGAUACAUAUUUAAGUGUCGAGCGGCCUGAUUGAUUGAUCUCGACGCGCUUGACGUAGCCCCACGUGGGCGGGUUCAUCAAAAUGGGCCGGCGUGACGUCAUCGCAUGACGACAGUAUUUGACAAGGCAAUUCCGAAGAAACGGGAAUUGUAGGUUUACGGCAAAGCGCGUGCCCGUGCGCGCGCGUGUGCGCGCGUGUGUGUUGGUAGCGGCGGUGGUGGGAACGGCAGCCAAGAUGGCGGCGCUGAAAGAGGAGCGGAGCUACGGGCUGUCCUGUGGAAGAGUGAGCAACGGCAGUAAUGUGUCCGUCUUCCACGUUAAACUCACUGACAGCGCGCUGAGGGCCUUCGAGGGUUACCGGGGCGGCAAGGUCCUGUCAUCGCAACCAUUGAUCACAUUUAAUGGAAACCAGGGGAAAAUUUCAAUACCACGGUCAGGAAAUUCCAAUGAACUCCACGCAUUUACUUUCUACCUGUCUAACGUGGGCAGAGACAACCCGCAGGGCAGCUUCGACUGCAUCCAGCAGUACAUCACCAGCGAGGGUAGCAUUCAGCUGGAUUGUUUGGGCGCCAUCCAAGACAAAAUUACUGUAUGUGCCACAGACGAGUCUUACCAGAAGGCCAGAGAAAGCAUGGCUCAGGUCGAGGAGGAGACGCGCAGCAGGGGUGCGAUUGUCAUCAAGCCUGGCGGCAGAUUCGUUGGUAAAAGGGUUCAAAUUCGAAAACCAGUGUCAGCCUUGUCGGACGUGGCCCCCUCCCGCAGGACUUCUCGGCCGGUCAUCAUUUCCAGCAGCGCGGUCAAGAAAGCAAGCACUCAGCACAGGCCGCUCAGAGAGCGCCUGGUCCACCUGCUGGCCCUCAAGCCUUACAAGAAGCCCGAGCUGCUCCUGAGGUUGCAGAAAGAUGGCCUCUUGCAGUCAGACAAAGACUCUCUGGACAGCCACCUGCAACAGGUGGCAAACCAAAACGGGAAAGAUAAUACCCUCACAUUAAAAGACUUUGUAUACAAGGAAGUUCAUAAAGACUGGCCUGGAUAUACGGAAGGAGACCAGCAGCUUCUUAAGAGAAUCUUAUUCAGGAAGCAGUGCCAGCCUCAGAACAAUGCUGCUGCUCCACCAGAGAGCCCACCCAAGGAGUUAGCCGGCAGCUCGACGUCUCCGAAACGUCCAGCUGCAGAUUUCAUUGACCCCCUUGCCAAUAAGAAGCCAAGGAUAUCGCACCUUGCCAGCAAAGCUGCACCAAGUCCAAUCAACGGCAAGCUCAGCUCUUCCAACGUCAAAGGGGAGGCAGGUGGGGCGCAGCCAGGAUUCGGCGCUCCCCUGUCAGACAGCGCCCUGUCAUCCAGUUCGCAGCCGCUCCCCUUGCUGGACAUUCCCCGACCAUUUGAAGCGCUGUCGGACGUCAGCAAUGACUCAAGCCACAAUGGCCGAGAAUGCGACGCCCAGGAAACGGCAGCAGAGAGGCUCGGCCAAGUGCCUUCGCUUCCUUUGGUGACGACCGUACCCGUCAUCAGCGCAUCUCCCACACCUCUUUCACGCGGCGAGAGUCCGUCAGCCACCACUGUCAGCAAAAAGCCGAAGAAGAAGUCCAAGAAGCAUAAAGAAAAGGACAAGAAAGAUAAGGGGAGAGCCAAAGGCCAAGAGGAAAAGGAGAGGAAGAGUCCACACACAGUGCCUGAGCCUGACAGAAACUGCGGGAUGAGUCCAGAAAAACUCAAAAGCAACAGUAUUCCAAUCAAAAGCACAACUCUCAAUGGGAUGUGCAAAAGUACCAGUAUUUCAUCAUCACCAGAGGUGGCGGACUACUUAUUGAAGUACACAGUGAUCAUGUCUGCAGAGCAGCGUCAGAAGUAUAAAAACGACUUCAACUCAGAGUACAGCGAGUACCGAGGCCUGCAUGCUCGUAUUGAAAGUAUCACCAGGCACUUCACUGAGCUGGAUAAUGAGCUAAAGAAGCUCCAACAAGGCACAGAAAAGUACAAGACAAUCCACAAUCAGAUACUCCAAGAGUAUCAUAAUAUUAAAAAGAUCAAUCCCCUCUACAGCCAAGAGAAAAACCGCUGUGAAUAUCUUCACAACAAACUGGCACAUAUCAAAAGAGUCAUCGGCGAGUACGAUCAACAGCAACUCUGAAAGUAGAAGUUCUUAUUUGGACAAGGGGGGUACUUUUUUUUUUUUUUUUUUUUUUUUUUUUGGGACAAGGAGGCUCCAUCUAGGCCAAAGGAUCACAUUAGGACUCGAAGAAGGACACGGAAUCUUUGUCCUCUUUUCUUUUCGUUGGGAAAGUUGCCGGUGCAGGUUCUUUUGAGGCUUUUUUUUUUUUUUUUUUUUUUUUU